UAAUCAGAGGAAAGGGUGAGAUUAAAUCAAUUUGUUUCUCACCCAAUAAUAAUACAUUAGCUAUUAGCAGUGGACAAUUUGUAAAUUUAUGGAAUCUCAAAACUGGAAAGUAAUUAUGUAAAUUAAUUGGUCAUUCAAGAAUCUGUUUCUUCAGUGGGGCUAUCUCCUGUAUAGUACGACAUUAGCAUCUGGUAGUUGGGAUAACUCUAUCCGUUUAUGGGAUGUUAAGACAGGAUAAUUAAAAAGCCGAAUUAUAUGGUCAUUCGCGUUAUGUAAUGUCAGUCAAUUUCUCUCCUGAUGGUACUACAUUAGCAUCUGGUAGUUGGGAUAACUCUAUCCGUUUAUGGGAUGUUAAGACAGGAUAAUAAAAAGCCAAAUUAGAUGGUCAUGAAGAUUUAGUUUUUUCAGUCAAUUUCUCUCCUGAUGGUACUACAUUAGCAUCUGGUAGCAGAGAUAUCUCUAUCCGUUUAUGGGAUGUUAAGACAGGAUAAUAAAAAGCCAAAUUAGAUGGUCAUUCAUCAACAGUUUUAUCAGUCAAUUUCUCUCCUGAUGGUACUACAUUAGCAUCUGGUAGUGGAGAUAACUCUAUCCGUUUAUGGGAUGUUAAGACAGGAUAAUAAAAAGCCAAAUUAGAUGGUCAUUCGCAUUAUGUAAGAUCAGUCAAUUUCUCUCCUGAUGGUACUACAUUAGCAUCUGGUAGUUGGGAUAAGUCUAUCCGUUUAUGGGAUGUUAAGACAGGAUAAUAAAAAGCCGAAUUAUAUGGUCAUUCGCGUUAUGUAAUGUCAGUCAAUUUCUCUCCUGAUGGUACUACAUUAGCAUCUGGUAUUGCAGAUAACUCUAUCCGUUUAUGGGAUGUUAAGACAGGAUAAUAAAAAGCCAAAUUAGAGGGUCAUUCAGAUUCAGUUUGUUCUGUCAAUUUCUCUCCUGAUAGUACUACAUUAGCAUCUGGUAGUAAUGAUAACUCUAUCUGUUUAUGGGAUGUAAAGACAUCUAAGGAAAUGCUCCAAUCUGAUGAAGGCUACUAAGAUCUGCUUGCCAAGUUUAGAAUACCACUUCAGAAUAGUUCCUUAUUGCCUAAUGCCAAUCCUUAUUGUACAAUUUUAAGAAUAUGUUAGAAUCCUUUAUUUUAAGCAUCAGGAACUUAAAUCUUAUAAGGACAAUUCAUAAGUCAUUAAGGAAUAGAUUUAAAAUCUUUGUAUAAAUCAAAAGGAAGUUGCUUUUUAGAAGAUUUAAUGCAAAAGUGAAUUUGAAAUAUUCAAUUAAAAUAUUAA